GCGCGGGGCCGCAAUAAAACCACUCGCCCGCCGCGUUUGAAGUGGGGAGCUUUAACUUGUAGCUUAACCUGUUUAGCUGUGAUAGGCUGAGGCGGAUCCAAUCAAUCGCUGCUGUCCGGACCCUUCCGUACAUUCACACUGUGGGACUUAGCGCACACAUAGCGGAACACGGGCCAGUUUCCUGCCGGAACAGUUUUGGUGUCGGACACGUCCUCUCGGCUCCGAUCAGCCCUCGGCACCUGCCCGCUGUCACCAGUGUACCUGCGGAUCUGCUGCCCCCCCUCCCCCCUCCCCAGAUGUAGAGGGAGUUGCAUCUGCAGCAGCCGUGUACACAAUUCUUGUGCUGUCCAGUGAAGUUGCCCACCAUGCGUGAGUACAAGCUAGUGGUGCUGGGAUCAGGAGGCGUGGGAAAAUCAGCAUUGACAGUCCAAUUUGUGCAAGGCAUUUUUGUGGAGAAGUAUGACCCCACAAUAGAAGACUCCUACAGAAAGCAAGUGGAGGUGGAUGGGCAGCAAUGUAUGCUUGAAAUCCUGGACACCGCUGGGACAGAACAGUUCACGGCUAUGAGGGACCUGUACAUGAAGAAUGGCCAAGGCUUUGCUUUGGUGUACUCCAUUACAGCACAGUCAACGUUUAAUGACCUACAGGACCUCAGAGAACAGAUCCUGCGAGUAAAGGACACUGAAGAUGUUCCUAUGAUCCUGGUGGGAAACAAAUGUGACCUGGAAGAUGAGCGUGUGGUGGGCAAGGAGCAGGGUCAGAACCUGGCUCGUCAGUGGAGCAACUGUGCCUUUUUAGAGACUUCAGCUAAAUCAAAGAUCAAUGUUAAUGAGAUUUUCUAUGAUCUGGUGCGACAGAUCAACAGAAAAACGCCGAUGGAAAAGAAGAAGACAAAAAAGAAGUCGAGUUGCACACUGCUCUAAAACGCCCUCCCACAGUAGCUCCAGGCCAGACACUUGUAAUGAUUAACUGUUUCCCAGUGGAUCGUGCCAGCAUUCCAAGUCCUCUGCAGAGCAUUUUGAUAAAGGCUGACAGAUACUUCACCACUCACAAAAUGGCAGGAGGCGGCACAUACUCUCAAGAUGCUCUUCUCUUCUUUUUAAUGGCAAAGAAAGCCACCUCUGUCUUUUUGCAUUGUCAGCCUGAUGACAACUAUUUUUGUCUUUUCUCUUCUCCAAAGUGUCUUUCUGUUGGAAAUAUCAGUGUAAAAGAAGAGACCAUGGGUUUAGAUCCAUAUAUGGGAAUUAAAAUGCUUUAUUAAUAGUAACAUCAGUCUUUGGCAUAAUGUGACAAAUGAAACCAUGUGACAUGUUGGCCUUUUCAUACAUUUCUGCACUAACGGUCUCAACAAAGAUGCAUCAUUGUCCAUAAGUUACUCACUCCUACUUACAAGGAUGUGCAUUGAUGAGAUACCAUCUUUCCUAAGUGACUUUGUUUUAUAUUGAGAGCUGCAAGCCUUCAUAUUUCCCAUAAUAUAUUCUACUUCCAUUUUUGCAUAAUAAAGCUAAGUAAAUUAGUAUUUUAUAGACUGAUGGGGGAAAUGGUGCAUUCUGAUUUGUGUCUUGCAGCUGAAAAUAUAUUGUACUAAACCAACUCUAAUAUUGCUUCUUGUGUUACCCUGUCACAGAUGACUUUCCAGCUUUUAUGAAUGAUUAAAUUUUAGUACAUUUUCAUUAA